AAAUUGACUUUCCUAUGCGCUGUGUAACCUGCUUUGAUAACGACUUCAUCAUAGAUUUCAAUUUACCAAACACUAUUCAGGCGUGUAACAAGACGUGUAAAAUGUGUUGUCAAGUUAUUGUUUAAAACUUAGAUGAUGAAUUUUUUUGAAAAUAAUAACUUUGUUUCUCCAAAUGGAGUGAAUUUGAAUGAUUUGAAUGUCGACGAGGCAUAUUUCAAUUUGACCUCAUUUUUUAAUAGCAGAAUUGGAGUAUAUUCUCUGUCAUCAGAUUGCAAAAGAUGUCCUUUUACCUACGUGACCAGUUUGAAUAAAUCAAAAAUCGUGAGUGUUUCUACCAAGCAUCAUAUGAAAUGGCGUUUUUACAAUGAAACUCAAUCAAGUGCCCUCAAGCAAAUCUUAGAUAAAGAAUCCUUGAUUUGUGAGCUAAAUGAAAGUAUCGAAGAAUAUGGCAUCUACGAUAUUGCUAUCACUAAAGACUCUUGUAAAUUCUCCACUCAGAGGGAACCUGUAAACAUUUACUGGCCUCUUUGUGCGACACUCGUCUUCCUACUAUUUUUACAUCUUUUCAUCAAACUAGCAUGGAAUAUAAGCAGAAGAUACUUCUCUAAAAAGCGAAAAAUUGCAGAAGACGAAGUCGACAUUGACGACAAUUUGCCGGCUAAAAAAACCAGGAUUAGCUCUAUCGACGUAUUUCGCGGAUUUGCAUUAUGUCUCAUGGUAUUUACGAAUGAUGGCGGAGGACAAUACUGGUUUUUCAACCAUUCCACAUGGAAUGGUCUAUAUCCACCUGAUUUGCUCUAUCCAUGGUUCUUAUGGAUCAUGGGCGUUUGUAUUGCGUUAUCUCAAUCAUCUCACAGAAAAAAUGCUGUCAAAAAGAAAACAAUCAUAUGGACUACAUUAAAGAGAAGUUUCAUUUUAUUUGUGAUUGGUUUAGCAUUGAAUACGUUAGGAGUUGGACCUGUUGAACUUCGACAUUUGAGAAUACCUGGGAUUUUGCAAAGAAUAGCCAUAUCAUAUGGAAUCACGAGCAUCCUAGCGAUUUUUGUAUUCGAUAUAAAUAUCAGCUGGCUGAACGGCAUCAAGUCCAUAUUGAUGGUUCUUCCACAAUGGUUUUUCCAUCUGGCAAUUGUCGCAGCUCAUACUUACCUCACUUUUUAUUUACCAGUACCUGGAUGUCCCCUUGGUUUUCUAGACCCAGGAGGCAUUCAAGAUGGCAGCAAGUAUAAAAAUUGCACAGGAGGAGCGGCAGGUUACAUCGAUAGACUUUUACUAGGGGAAAAUAGACUUUGGCAAAAUGCUCCCGUACGAAUCACCUACCAAACCUCACCCUUCGACCCGGAAAAUAUUUUAGGUUGUUUAACCUCGAUAUUUGGAACCUUUCUCGGAGUUCAAGCUGGAUAUAUAUUGAUUGUGCAUCGUAAACCAAUAACAAGGAUUCGUCAUUUCGUAACGUGGGCUAUACUUUUAUUAGCACUUGGUUUUGGAUUGCAUUUCUUCGACGUAAUACCGAUAAACAAGAGCUUAUGGUCUUUGUCGUUUACAUUGGCUACCUCUGGAUUGGCAUUUCUUCUGUUCGCUUUUAUUUAUUACGUGGUGGAUUAUACCAAAUUAUGGAAUGGAUCGCCGUUCAUAUAUCCAGGGAUGAAUUCAAUACUGGUUUAUGUCGGACAUGAAAUAUGUUUCCAAUUAUUUCCAUGGCAUUGGAGGAUCUCAUUCGCAAUGAAUACUCAUUUCAUGAAUCUCAUAGAAAAUACUUGGGGUGUAAUUUUAUGGAUUUUGAUAACAUUUUGCAUGUAUAAAAAGAAGAUUUUUGUUGUUGUUUAAUAAAUGUGGUACUUACCUACUAGGUAUACCUACCUACCUA